AUGCGGCUGCAUGCAAGAGUAAAGCAUUUAAAUGAAAAAAGAUUUAUUUGUGACUUUUGCUGCUCCGCUUUUGCCUACAAAGCUGUCCUCCGCAGACACGUAGCAGCUAAACACGCUGCUGCUGCUGCUGCUGCUGCUGCUGCUGCUGCUGCUGCUGGCGGUGCGGACGCCGCAGCAGCAGCAGAUACGACUGCAGCAGCAGCAGCAAAUACCACUGCAGCAGCAGCAGCAGCAGCAGACACCUGCACAGCGGGAACAGAUACUACGAGAGCAGCAGCAGCAGCAGACACUACUGCAGCAACAGCAGCAACAGACACUACUGCAGCAGCAGCAACAGCAGAACCAGCAGCAGACACCACUGCAGCAGCAGCAGCAGCAAAACCAGCAGCAGCAGCAGCAGCAGCAGCCGAUGAAGACAAAAGAGACAAACAAACGAAUUUAAAAAGCAGCAAAAGAGCAGGAGCUCAGUUUCUAGUAGAUGCUGUUGCUGUUGAUCUUGUCUGCCCAGCAGCAGCAGCAGCAGCAGCAGCAGCAGCAGCAGCAAAACGAAGACAAGAAACUUGA